UAAGACGGAUGCACCUAACCUGUAAGAGCCAAUAAGAGUUAAUUCAUUUGUAAUAACAAGUUAGUUAAAAAGGUUAAAAUAUAGUUAAGGUAAUUUCAUAAGAAUUCAUAAUUAUUGUGUUUUUUAAGAUGCAUAAUUUAGUAACGUUUGAACUUUUAUGUAUUUUCGGCUUCCGACAAUAUUACGUCAUUUGACACUGCUUGCACGUAAGGUCAGAUUGCAGCUAGAGACGUCGGAAGCAACACAGUUUUUUGACCGAGCUAUAUCGAGUCUAAUGUUUGUGUAUUUUUUGUGUUUUUAAGUAAACCUUCAAAAAGAAGAUUCGGUUUCACUCGCGUUUUUCAAUUACUGGUUGUUAGACUGGCAGCAAAAGUGGUACAAGAGGACUCGCACGAAACGGAGUGCCACUACAUAAAGUCAAAAAACUAGCUUACACGGAGCAUCGCUGGAUUGCUUGGAUAACGCGGCUUGUGUGGAAAAUAGCUCGUCUGGAGAAGUUAAGAAUGAAACUGUUAAUCAUCUGAAACACUCUCCAGGAUAAGGUAUCAAAAAUUCCUUUGUACCUUUGAGCAGUGGGAAUAUAGUCCGUGAGUUCGGACGAAAAGGAAUUAACAUAACUGCAGGAACGAAGUAGCGAGCUGAAUCUCCGCCCUGUGACAGCGGAUGUGAAUCGCACAAGUGGAUUCGGUCAGUGUGGAGUUUUCUGCGAUAGUGGAAAGGUUGUUUGCACUCGGUUCACUAAGAAAGGCAACUUUGAAAUAAGUGCUUUAAACUUUGUGCACGCAACGUGAGCAUUAACUCCGCUAUUUGUAAGAUGGCUGAUGAAGAUGAAAAAAGAUCUGUUGAAGUGGGGCAGGGAAGAUCACGCAAGCUAACUGAAAAGGGUUUAGAGGAGAGAUUGCAAAGACUCAUAGCAUUGAGGAGACGAACUCUGGGAACUCUAACAAGCCAAAUGAAGGAGAUGGAGGCAAUGAUGAGUGAUGCUCAAAAUGUAGAAAAUGUGCAAGAUAUGAUGGAAAGUGAAUUUGCACAGUCUCUAAAUGAGUUCAAUGGACUUAACAGUGAACUUGAUAAUCUGUUGUCUGAAGAUGAAAAAAUGCUUGACUAUGAUAACUGGUUUGAACCAAAAAUGGCACUAAUCAAAGACUUCAUAAAAAAAACUAAAAGAUGGAUUGCAGUUGAGCAUAAGUCCACAGGGAAGGAAACCGUGCAGCUAGAAAAACUCAAUGUGUUAGAUGAACAACAAGAGGCUGUUUUACCAAACGACAGUAUUUCACAGAUAGGGUUUAGCAAUGCUGCAAAAGCUCGCCCAUGUGGAUCUCAUAUAAGUGGUACAUCAAGCACUUCAUGUGUAUCCUCCACACGUGCUAAACAGGAAGCAGAACAUGCAGCUCUGCUGGAACGAGCAGCAGCACUGAAGAAAAGGCAAAAGCUUGAAUUCGAAGCAACUAGGAUUAAGCAGCAGUUUGAGUUUGAAACAGCUAGGAUUAAAGCUGAAAAGGAAGAGUUAGCGCUGGAGACUGCGUUAGCUGAAAGCCAAGCAAAACUAAAAGUGCUUAAAGAAUAUGAAAGGUCCGAAGAUGGUACGAGUAGUAAUGCAUCAGUGCAGCAAUCACUGAGUGGGAACAUGAAGAAGGAGAGAGUAAGCAUUAUGCUACCGCAACAAGAUAAUGUGAAUGUUCAUGGACCAGCACAAGCGCAAUACCCACGAAUACCACAACAGCCACAACCAGUCUCCAAUCAAAGUACCAGAGCUCAAGCUAACAGAGAUGAUGACAUUUUGACAGUCAUGCAAAAGCAGAAUGAAAUCACCGAGCUACUUGUAAAGCAGCAACAGCUUUCUCAGCUACCGACAAAGGACAUUUCUGUGUUCAAGGGUGAUGCGCUCCAAUUCAAAUCCUUCAUGAGGGCAUUCGAGCACGCAAUUGAGCAGAAGACAGACAAUGAUCAAGAUAAAUUGUACUUUUUGGAACAGUUUACAGAUGGUGAGCCUCAAGAACUUGUUCGCAGCUGCGCUCACAUGACACCUAGUAAAGGCUAUCACGAGGCAAAGCGGCUACUUCAUAAACAUUAUGGAGAUGAGCUUAGGAUUGCCAGCGCGUAUAUUGAUAAAGCGCUCAAGUGGCCACAAGUGAAGUCAGAUGAUGGGAAAGCAUUAAAUGCUUAUGCAAUGUUUUUGAUUGCAUGCCGUAACUCAAUGGAGGACAUUGAAUUUCUAGAAGAGAUGGAUAAUCCUACCAAUCUACGGACAGUGAUAUCCAAACUGCCUUACAAAAUGAAAGAACGUUGGCGUGCUGAAGCUUUCGAGCUCAAAGAGAGAAAAGGGAGAAGAGCGAGGUUUGCUGAUUUGGUGAACUACAUAGACCGUCAAGCCAAGAUAGCAAUGGAUCCCCUUUUUGGUAAUAUAUUAGACAGCCGCCCAAUCACAGCUGGAAAGAUGGAACAAAAGGAAAAGCAACCGGCUAGGAAAGAGGUUCGUGGAAGCAGUUUCGCAACCAAUCUUGUUGCUGAAGGCAAAGCGCCUCAAGAAACACAUGUCAAGCCCACUAACACAGGUAAAAUGGUGAAUGCCUUUGAUAAACCAUGUUUGUACUGCCAGCAGUCUCACACCCUUGCUUCAUGCAGUAAGAUCAAAGGUCAGCCACAUAAAGAACGAGUGGAAUUUCUGAAAUCAAAGGGCCUAUGUUUUGGAUGUUUGGUUCCUGGCCAUCUCAGCAAAUUCUGCAAACGAAAAUUAGAGUGCAAAGAAUGUACAUUAAAGCACCCUGACAUUCUGCAUAAACUGAAGGAUGAAAGUUCUGUUUCAUCAGAAAAGAAAGAUGGUGCUCAAGGUAAAGUGUCGGGCAUUGAAGUUCCCAUCACACAAGAGUCCUGUGGCCUUACGGGGGCCGGAGAAGCUGAAUGUGUGCUGUCAAUAGUGCCGAUAAAAAUCAAGUCAAAGAACAGUGACAAGCAUGUAGAAACAUACGCCUUUUUGGAUCCGGGAAGCACAGCAACGUUCUGCACAGAAGACCUGCAAAGGAAAUUGAACGUGAAAGGGAAACCGACAGGAAUACUUCUUAGCACCAUGGGCCAAGAUAAAACAGGAGAACAAAGGCUCAUGAACAGCUUUGCAAUAUCAGACCUAGAAGUUUGUGGGCUGGAGGACACCAUGUUCAUUGAGUUACCCAAGGUGUUCACUCAUAGCAACAUACCUGUCCAUGCUGGGAAUAUACCCAAGCAAUCAGAUAUUCAGAAGUGGCCUUACCUUCAUGAAGUGAGCUUGCCAGAGAUAGACGCUGAUGUAGGCCUACUUAUUGGAGCUAACUGUUCAAGAGCAAUGGAGCCCUGGCGGAUCAUUAAUGGUCAAGCUGGAGGUCCUUAUGCAGUGAAGACAGCCAUUGGCUGGGUUGUGAAUGGACCUGUAAGGAAAGAUCUGAAUGACACAGAGAAUGAACAGCCUCACUUUUCGGUAAACAGAAUCUCUUUGGUGGAGAUUGAAAAGCUACUGGUCCAACAGUACAAUACUGAUUUUCCAGAGCGCAACUAUGAUGACAAGGAAGAAAUGUCUCAGGAAGACAAACAAUUUUUGAGGUCUGUGGAAAAGACGACAAUUUUUGAGAACGGACAUUAUAGCAUUGGAUUGCCACUCAGGAAUGAGAAGCUCCAAAUGCCUAAUAACCGUUGUGUGGCAGAACAGCGCGUAGCAUGUUUGCUCAGGAAGUUCAAGAGGAAUCCUGAAUUCUUUGAAGAUUACAAGGGUUUCAUGGAAACCAUCAUUGGAAAGGGCUACGCUGUUCAGGUUCCGACACACCAACAGAACAGAGAUGACAACAGGGUGUUCUAUAUUCCACAUCAUGGCGUCUACCACCCGAAGAAACGAAAGUUGCGGGUGGUGUUUGACUGCACAUCCUCGUUUCAGGGUAGGUGCCUAAAUAGUGAGCUACUUCAGGGGCCUGACCUGACCAACACGUUAGUUGGUGUCCUACUGAGAUUUCGUGAGGAGACAGUAGCAGUAAUGGCAGACAUUGAGUCAAUGUUCUAUCAAGUUAAGGUGCCAGAACACGAUGCAGACUUACUCCGUUUUCUUUGGUGGCCCAAUGGCAGAUUGGACGAGCCUGUAGAGGAAUUCAGAAUGACAGUGCACCUCUUUGGAGCCACUUCUUCUCCAAGUGUAUCCUCAUAUGCACUGAAAAGAACAGCGGAGGAUCACAGAGACGUUGCAUCUCCAGACGCUGUUCAGACAGUCCUGCGCAAUUUUUAUGUAGACGAUUGCUUGAGAAGUGUGGCGACAGACGAUGAUGCAGUGACCUUAGUCAGUGAUCUUAGAGCUUUGUGCAACAGUGGAGGGUUCACCUUAACAAAGUGGAUGAGCAAUAGCAGAAAGGUGUUACUGUCAAUCCCUGCAGAGCACAGAGCCAGUGAAGUGAAAGACCUGGAUUUACGACACGACACUCUACCAGUGGAGAGGACACUUGGUGUACAGUGGGACACAGAAACUGAUACUUUCACCUACAGCAUGGGGCUGCAAGAUAAACCAAUAACCAGAAGAGGCAUUUUAUCAAUUAUCAAUUCUAUCUACGAUCCUCUUGGCUUUCUGGCUCCAGUCAUCUUGCCUGCUAAACUUUUGUUGAAAGAUCUUUGUAAAGAGCAACUUGGUUGGGAUGAGAAUGUUGGUGGAAAGCAUGCAGAAGAGUGGAAGAGAUGGAGGGAAGAUGUUGCUCACCUUUCCAACUUCCAUGUGCGGAGAUGUUUAAAACCCAUCAAGUUUGGAUGCACCACUGCAGCACAAUUACAUCAUUUUUCGGAUGCCUCAGAGUAUGCAUACGGCACUGUGUCUUAUCUACUGCUGGAGAAUGAACACGGCAAGAAACACUGUGCUUUUCUGAUGGGGAAGUCAAGAGUAGCUCCACUCAAACGAGUCACGAUCCCUAGACUUGAGUUGACCGCAGCAGUUGUCGCAGUGAAGGUCGACAAGAUGUUGCAUCAGGAACUUCAGGUUCCACUGCAGCAAUCUGUCUUCUGGACAGACAGCACCACAGUGCUUAGAUACAUCGACAGUGAAACUGCUCGUUUCAAAACAUUUGUUGCGAACAGAAUUUCCUUGAUCCGAGAAGCAACCAAGCCAUCGCAAUGGAAGUACAUCAGAACAAAAGAAAACCCGGCAGAUCAAGCCAGCAGGGGCCUGAAAGCAAAGAGCUUGGUUCAGGGAGGAACAUGGAUAAAUGGACCAGAUUUUCUACCAAAUGAAAAUGAUUGGCCCGAACAGCCUUUUGUAUGGAAAGAAAGCCUUGACAAUGACCCAGAAGUCAAGAACACAGUCGCUGUUAACACAGUGAAAGUUGAAGAAAGUAUGGAUCCAAUGAACCAGCUGAUCAGCUAUUACUCAGAUUGGAAUAAGCUUAAACGAUCAGUGGCAUGGAUUUUAAAGGUAAAAGAUGUUCUGUGGAAAUGGAAAGAGGAAAGUAAAGGGGUAUUAACAACAAUCAAGCAAGCCGAACAGGACCCCGAAAAGAAAAGAUUAAAGAUAGAACAGCAUAUGAAGAAGUUUAAAGCUACGUCAGAAAAGAAAUCACUUACGUUGGAUGAUCUGAACGCAGCUGAAUCAGAAAUAAUACAGUUCAGUCAAAGACAGUAUUUUGGAGAGGAAAUCAAAGUCCUGCAGAAAGGUACUCAGCUCAAUCGCAACAGUUCGCUGUUUAAACUAGAUCCAGUUCUUCAAGAUGGCACCCUUAGGGUCGGCGGAAGACUUAACAAAUCUGCUAUGCCAGAAAAUGCUAAACACCCAGCAAUCCUCUCUAAACAUAGCAAAGUUGCCACCCUGAUUUUGAGAGACAUACAUCAAAGAACAGGCCACUGUGGACGCAGUUAUGUGUUGGCACAACUGAGAUGCAGAUAUUGGAUUCCACAAGCCAAUUCUGCAAUCAGGAAGAUCAUCAGUCAAUGCACAGUGUGCCGUAGGAUGACGGGAAAGGUUGGUGAGCAAAAGAUGGCGAACCUACCUGAAGAUCGCCUCCUCCCAGACCAACCUCCUUUCACAAACACCGGCGUUGACUACUUUGGCCCGUUUGAGGUUAAACGGGGCCGGGGUACCGUUAAAAGAUAUGGGGUGAUGUUCACUUGCCUCACUCUUCGAGCUGUGCACAUUGAAGUAGCUGACAGCCUCGACACGGACUCCUGCAUUAACGCAAUUCGCCGUUUUAUAUGUAGGAGAGGUCAAGUCACCAUCAUGAGGUCUGACAAUGGUACAAAUUUUGUGGCAGCUGAAAGAGAGCUAAGGGAAACCAUCCAACAGUUGGAUAAUGACAAGAUUGAAAGAGCAUUGCAACCAAAGGGAAUAAAGUGGAUAUUUAACAGCCCAGCUGCCUCCCACCAAGGCGGAGCUUGGGAAAGACAAAUUCGCACUGCGCGAAGAAUCCUUAAUUCCCUACUGAAGGAGCAAGCAGUGAACGAUGACUGUCUUCAAACAAUAAUGUGUGAAGUUGAAAGUAUCAUCAAUGGCAGGCCACUCACUAGUGUCUCAGAGGAUGCAAACGACGUUGAGCCUUUAACUCCCAAUCACUUACUGCUUUUGAAGUCUCAGCCACUCAUGCCUCCAGGCAUAUUUUGUAAGGAUGACACAUACGCAAGAAGAAGAUGGAAACAAGUCCAAUAUCUUGCAGAUUUAUUCUGGACUAGAUGGACACGUGAAUAUCUUCCACUUCUUCAGGAGCGCCAGAAAUGGCUGAAACCCAGAAGAAACUUCAUGAUGGGUGAUGUUGUGCUAUUAGUGGACAGUUCCUCUCCCCGCAACUCUUGGGUCAUGGGGAGGAUAGUUGAAACACUGCCAGACUCCAGUGGAACGGUGCGGAGAGUGAAACUGAAGACCAAGACCAGCACUCUGGAAAGGCCUGUGAAUAAACUGUGCCUGUUGAAAGAAGCCACGUUAGAAGACUGACGAAGGGAGACAAGUUGAUUCUUAUGGACAUUUGACAUUUAAGUAGUUUGGCUCUUAAGGUUUUAUGUUUGUAAUUGCUUAGACCUGGAGCCUAAUCAAUUAGAGGCCGGGUAAUGUAAGAGCCAAUAAGAGUUAAUUCAUUUGUAAUAACAAGUUAGUUAAAAAGGUUAAAAUAUAGUUAAGGUAAUUUCAUAAGAAUUCAUAAUUAUUGUGUUUUUUAAGAUGCAUAAUUUAGUAACGUUUGAACUUUUAUGUAUUUUCGGCUUCCGACAAUAUUACGUCAUUUGACACUGCUUGCACGUAAGGUCAGAUUGCAGCUAGAGACGUCGGAAGCAACACAGUUUUUUGACCGAGCUAUAUCGAGUCUAAUGUUUGUGUAUUUUUUGUGUUUUUAAGUAAACCUUCAAAAAGAAGAUUCGGUUUCACUCGCGUUUUUCAAUUACUGGUUGUUAGACUGGCAGCAAAAGUGGUACAAGAGGACUCGCACGAAACGGAGUGCCACUACAUAACCCUUUUAGGAUAGUUCAUACACUCUUGCUGAAUUAUUUGCUUGUGAGUUUGUUUGUUUUUUUUACCACAGGAAAUUUAUCACAGUACAUUUGGUAAAAAAAACUGGCCCCACAAUGAACAAAGUUUGUAAGACUGAAACAGUGUAUUCUUUUAUCUUUUAUUGUGGAAAAUAAAACUAAUUACUAAGUGUAAAGGCUGCUGUGAAUGUUCCCAUUUUCCACUGUGGACACUGCAUGCUCCUCCAAGGCAUUUCUUUGUGGUGGGAAACAGCAGUGUGAUUGUUAGUGUUUCCACUGACAGAUG